AUGGAUGUUGAUGACCAAAACAAUGCCCAAGCUGCUAUCGAUCAAAACAGAGAUCGAAUUGAGACAUUUCGUGCCAAUCGCCAUAACACCCGGACUGUCACCAGGAACUGUAAAAUGGAAACAGCUCUCAACGAGCAAUAUCGAGGCUUACUCGUACCUCUAAGAACGCUUUCAGAGGAUUACACAGUUGUCAGGCGGGACGCAUUCGACUUGGUGAACAUGGAUAUUUUACGAUGGGUCGAAGAAGAUGGAAAUGAUGCAACAUGUCCUCCAAUAUUAAGCCAAGCAUACUGGGAGAAGGCAUUCAUGUUGUGCACAUUGCCACCUACCCAUAUCGAGCCAACUGCUGAGCCCAACUUCUUGCAUCUCACUCAGACUUUCAACUGGUGCCUUCAGCAAUGUCGACUUCGUCAACCAAAUGAAUUUCCCGAUGGCAUUGAUCCAAAUGUGCCCCAACCGCUCUAUGAUCCUCCAGACUUCAACUCAGGCACUUUGAGACGACGUCUUGCAGCUGAAUUUGCAAGAGGAGAAGCAAUCCCUGCUGUCAAAAAUCAUCUUGGUCUUAAUCCACCCAAGUAUAUGAAACAUACCUUUACGGCUUUCUUCUAUGAAUUACAAGACCGUAUCGGACGCAAUUUACCACGACGACCACAAGCAUUCGCAAACGUAAUGACAAAGCAUUUGUUGAAUCAUGACCCACCCGAAGAUGUUGAUUUCCACCUUGUUGAUUUCGAUGAGCAGCCAUUGGCUGUCGUGGCUGAGGUUAAAGCUUAUUAUCAAACCCAUUAUGAAGAAUUUGAAGGCUCUUUUGCCAAUUAUGAUCUCACUGAAGUUGGCAAGAAACCAGGCCGACGUGUCAACAUGGCGUACAUUCCGGGUGCACUACGAUACCUUGCAGGCCUGCUGUCCAUGGAAGCUGAGAUUUUGGAUAGUCAACGCUGGACUGUGAUCCCUAUAGGCAAGCUCCAAAUGGCAUUCGUACCUGUGGAUACCCAUGUGUUGUAUUGGCUCUGUCGUCUUGCCCAUGAAAACCCAGACAUUGACUUCCAGGCACCGCCUGCAUUGAUGCGUGAACAUCCAGGGCGUCGGGGGGAUAUCUUUAUCCCAUUAAGCAGCAUUUAUGGAAACGUAAAUCCUUUGCUGAAGGAGGCUUUCUUUGAACAACUCUUCAACCUGGAUCCUAUAUCUAAAAGAAGAAUGCGAUACUCUGCAGGUUAUGUUUUCAACCCGAAUGUGGAACCAAUAACUUUCAAGUUCUCCUUCAAUACUGAUGGUGUGCGUGCUUGUUUUCACUUUGUGCGAGCUCUGACGACGCGACAGGGAGAACGCAUGCCCGAUACUUCAGCUGAUGUGCGUUACUACCCAAGAGAGCUUGAUUUAACCAACUGGCAUCGCGGCAUGUAUCAUUUGAACAAGGAACCAGGUGGUUUGGAUGGGCAGCGCUUGCAAGCAAGUCGAAUCAUCGGCAUUGAUCCCGGCAUUAGGGAAGUGAUUACAGGCACCGACACGAACGUGAACUUAGCCGAUCCACAAACAAGACAACAGCAUGUUGUCAGUAUCUCCAACAAGGAGUACCAGAACCGGUCCCUCUCCAACUGGAUAAAGCAAAAGACAUUGUCUUCCCGCCAAAAGAGUGCCUAUGACAUGCAUCAAGUAUACUUGGCUCUUAAGGCCUUCCCACAUCAUACAACCAACUUGCAGGCAUUUUUUGAUCAUGUGCACUUGCGGUGCCAUUUACACCAUAUACUUCACCCUUUCGCCUCCCAAUACCGACAUAGGGAGCAACGUUGCAAAACGUUUUCAGCAAGAGUAUCAGCUCAAGAAUCCAUAGUGAAUCAAAUUCUCGGAUUAGAGGAUGUCGCAGAUUUACGCAAUGAUUUCUUUGGUCAUCGUCAUGGUGGUAAACACCAAAGAAGGGUUACCAGGCGAGCUGCACGUGCUCAACGACGUGAACAAGAUCAACGACGUGAACAAGAUCAAGACGUGGUUAUGGAGGAAGCUGAUGUGCCGCAGGUGGAAGCUGAUGAGCCUGAGGAGGAAGCUGAUGUGCCGCAGGUGGAAACAAUUGUGGCAUAUGGAGCUGCUCGAUUUGGUGCCACAUCAAAACGCCAUCAAGCUGUUCCUGUCGAGACACUCAGGGCACGGAUCGCACGUCGUGCUCUCCUUGUUUUGGUUGAUGAAUUUAGAACAAGCGUCACGUGCCAUGAGUGUCAUGGCCGCUUACAACAAUUCAGGCAGCGACAGACCUUGAUUUGCGAGCACAAGAAGAAAGACAUCCGUGAUUCCUGGGUUGUUGGUGAUGAUGAUGAUCUCAGUGUUGUACGUCGCAAAUCUCGACAAUGGUGCUUGGAUGAUGAUGGACAACGGCUCCACUGGACGUCAACCUGCAAUGAUCGGGUACAAGUCGAUGAUUUCCGGAACAAUGUGUAUGCGCUCAAGUGGUGCCCCGAUUGUCAGACUGUGUACGAUCGUGACAUUGGCGCAAGCAGCAACAUCCAUUUGAUCUUUGAGCUGUACAUGCUAAGCGAUGGUGAAAUCGAUUCAAGGCCACCGACAAUGCAACGUGGUCAAGUACAAGAAGUAGUGGACGAGGUGGAAGCUGAAGACGAAUUGGAAACGGAUGAUGAAGAUGACGAGCUGUAA